AUGGCCUGCUCCACGUUGAUACCAUUCUGCUUCCCUGAUUAUUCCGCCGUACCGGUCAAGCGCGCUGUUGAUGCGGUCGAAGACGUCUCGUUCGAUACUAGCGACGCAAAGGUUCUCAUUAGCUCUGAAGCAGAUCAAAGAGUAGCAAAGAGCCCAUCGUCAGUGCCGGGUCAACAGUCUGAUUCACCAAGCCCGACGGAGAUCAAUAUCCAGGACAGCACACCUACCGCUCACCAUGGUAUACACCCCAAGAACGGACUCUCUGCACUUCCCAGCAAUGCUGCCAGUCACGGCAUAGGCUUCGUUGUCGUAGGUUGCAUGGUUGCAGGCUUGUCUCUGGUGUUUGCCCUUUCGUUCUACAUCCUUCAAACUCUCAACAGUUCUGGAUCAAAGAAGAACGAAAGGGACAACGAUGCAGAGCUCGGCAGUUCGCCACAUGAAGUGGGAGUCAUUUCUGAGACGGGAACAAACACACAGGAUCUCGGCGGUGGAAGGAUUAAGAGACAAGUUGGCGCCGGGACCGGAUCGCCGAAGCCUUUGGUCGCGCAACCGACGACGCAUGAGAUUGUGUGUCCUCCCCGAUCCCACUUGUCCUGA